GUGACAAACUUUACGAUCUGACUCAAGGUCAAAGAAAACGGCAAACAAGCUCAAACCGUUAAACAGUGUGUACUGUUCUUCCUAUAGUGACACGUACUACUUCCACCAAUUGUCAUUCGUUCAUCGUCAUCGGCUAUGUUGCCGAUGUGGAAUGGUUCAACAACGUUUUGCUUGCCACCCAGACUUUCGUCGUUGUUGAUGAAUUGAAUUCCAGAUCAGUACAGCUCAUUCAUUUUCACGCCGUCUGGUGGAAGUAUAUUGUUUUGAAGAAGAAGUAGAAGAGAAAAAGUUGAACCAUGGCUCCCGACGCUGACAAGUUGCGCAACCGCAAGGAAUACAUGGUGGAUGCCGAUGAUCUGGCCGCCACGCAAUCCACACAGGAGGAAGUGCGAACCAUGAAGACCAUCAAGGACCAUGAAGUCUGCAUUGACGGAAUUGUCUACGACUUGCGUGGAUUUGAUCAUCCUGGCGGACAAUCGAUUGAAAUGUUUGGAGGCAAUGACGUGACAGCAACCUACAAGAUGAUCCACCCAUACCAUACCGAAAAGCACCUGGAAAAGAUGCGCCAAGUGGGCAAGGUGACGGAUUUUGUUACCGAGUACAAGUUUGAUACCGAGUUUGAGCGAGAGAUCAAGCGAGAAGUCUUCAAGAUUGUUCGUCGUGGAAGAGAAUUUGGAACUUGGGGCUGGUAUUCGCGAUGCGCCUUUUACGUUGGAUUCUUCUUCUACUUGCAGUAUUUGUGGGUUACCCAAGGAUCUUCCUGGGGGCUGGCCAUUAUUUAUGGUGUUGCUGGAGCUUGGAUUGGACUCAACGUGCAACACGAUGCCAACCAUGGUGCUGCCUCCAAGAAUCAUCGUAUCAACGAUAUCCUUGGAUUGGGUGCUGACUUUAUUGGAGGAUCUAGGUGGUUGUGGCUCGAACAGCAUUGGACGCACCACACUUACACCAACCACGCUACAAAGGACCCUGAUAGCUUUGGUGCCGAGCCCAUGAUGCUUUUCAAUGACUAUCCUCUGGAUCACCCUGCUAGGACUUGGGUGCACAGAUUCCAGGCUUUGUUCUUCUUGCCAGUCCUUGGUGGUUACUGGCUCUCGGCCGUCUUCAACCCCCAGAUUUUGGAUCUUCGACAACGCGGGGCUCAAUCUGUCGGUAUCAGGAUGGAAAACGACUUUAUCAAGAGCCGAAGACCCAUUGCCAUUGGCUUGCGCAUCUUGUACAUUCUCACCAACUGUGUCCCGCCCUUCGUACACCAUGGACUUACCUGGUCGGCCUUUGGUCAACUCAUGCUCAUGGGUGUUGCUGAAAGUCUGGCCCUGUCAGUCUUUUUUUCUCUGUCCCACAACUUUGAAAACGCUGACCGUGAUCCCACUGAACAUUUCCGAAAGACUGGUGAACAAGUUUGUUGGUUCAAGUCUCAAGUUGAGACUUCUUGUACCUAUGGCGGGUUCAUUUCAGGUGCUUUGACUGGUGGACUCAACUUUCAGGUGGAACAUCACUUGUUCCCUCGCAUGAGUUCAGCCUGGUACCCCUACAUUGCCCCCACUGUGCGCGAAAUCUGCAAAAAGCAUGGCGUCCAGUACGUUUACUACCCCUGGGUUAUCACCAACUUCCUUUCCACUUUGAAAUAUAUGCAUGAAGUUGGAACUGGAGCUCACUGGGUGAAGGAUCCUCUUUCUGGAAAGAACUAGAGGGCAAGCAAGUAGGUGGCCAAUACUGAAGUAGAUUUGAACAAAGUUGACGGGCUUUCAAGUAUUUAAAAACGCCCCUUGGUACAUAAAAUGAUGAUAGUGUUUUGCUACUCUAUGAAACCUUUUCUUUCCGGUUGGUGGCUUGGUUAGAAAUGGCACUGAUUACUGAAGAAUCGUCAAUUUUUCCUGCCCACUAGGUAGCUUGUGUGAUUGCUGUGGUGAGAACAUGUUUGAUGAACCGCCAAAAGAAGGUCUUCAUAGCUAGCUAGCUUGUUGCCUUCCUCGGCGUCUUCAACAAACUGCGUACGGAAGAUCAGCCGAGACCAGAUAGGGACUGAGCAAUCACGGGUUUCUUGCUUUCUCAUUAUUUCCCACAGCCAUAACACGACCUCAAAUCAGCUCUGUAUCGCCAACUCCCGACACUUGCUUCCGCAUUCAACAAUCCCUCUACCUGGUACGACUGUACUAGAGCUACAGUAGGUAGUAGCAGCGAGUAUGAGACGACGACAAGUCGGAUCUGCUGGGAAGGAGCCUGCAUCAAUGACCUCACAAACAGGAGCGAAGCGACGAUCUUCCCCUUCUGAUUCCCCUGGUCUUCGUUUCAUUGCGCAAUUCCUGAUUGCUGCUUUAGUCGUUGGUGGCGUCUAUUAUUACGUAGAGGUGCUGGAUAGCAAUAACGAUACCGGUACGUUCAGAUUAGUUUCCGCUUAGUGCCUCCGGAUUCUCUCGAUCGGUAGAGAAAGUACGCCUGUAGUGGUGGUCAAUGAUACCCCCGACCAUGUCGGCCGCCCAUCGUCCGGGGUCAUAAUGGAGUGAACGAAAGCACCACCGUAUCUCCAUGAGUCUUCCAUUGGCUUGGUCCUCUUUUGUAACGUUGUUCAUUGACCUAUACCAGUGAGGUAUUCCUUGAACUCAUGGUCUACAUGCUGAACCAUCGUUCAUCUC